AUGAGCCUCGAGUGUAUCUCAGACUCUGACUUGUUGGAUGCGGACGGAUCGCAAGGCUCCCAAGGUCCGCCGAUGACGGCAGUCGCAACAGAGCCGAUUCAGGUAACUCAAGUACAACAUGCAGUGCAGGGGUACAGCAGCUACUCCAAAGCUGCGCCCAGCGCGCCUCCGCAGGGGAGCCUGUGUUUGCCAAAGGCUAGCAUGGACUUGAGUCAUCAGCGAUCUCGAACUUGGGGAAGCAUCCCCCCUCCAAGCGCCGGUCGCUUGACGGUGCCUUCCAAGGAGUCUCCGCUUAAGCGGAGAUCAAUGCGACGUCUCCAGACCAUGCCAGCAGGUACUGGGAAUGACGACGACGAAUGCAAUGAAUUCGUGGAGCCCGCCGUUGAGAGCAGGCCAAUAGAGCAUUUGGAAGACCGCAAGAUCUACGACGUUUAUUACUGGGAGGAGGUCAUUCAGGAAGAUGGCGAUGGCGGGAAAGUUGUUUACUGCAGGAAGAAGGAUGAUGAGGUUGGAAGCGAAUUCAACAAGGUCAUGAAGAUUAAGUCCAAACUGAAGCUCCAGAAAGAAGGCUUCGCUAAAGAAUACCGACAAGUUAUUUUGAAAAUGUUGUCGCUGCCGCCGCAUCCAGGAAUAAUGCCAAUCGAAGAGGCAUUGGAAGACGACGCGUUUUACUACGUCGUCUCCCCUCGAGCGACAAGCAGCUUUUUUGCUGGCCUGCUCGUGGAGUUUCAGGAUGGCGUCGUUCCAGAAGCGGCUUUGAGGAGUCUUUUAAGGGAUAUCUUGGAAGCUCUCGACCAUCUCCAUAGCCACCGAGUGCUGCACCGAGACAUUAAGCCAGACAACAUGGUCUUGCAGGCCUACACUGACGAAGCAACAGGUGAGACGAAGAGGAGAGUGGUUCUCAUCGACUUCGACCACGCAGAUCCAGAUUUUACGUACUCGAACGAUGAGGAUCGAAUCUAUGGAACUCGACGCUUCAACGCACCCGAAUCGUACCUAUGCUGCUUUUCGAAGCAGACAGACCUCUACAGUGUAGGCGCUGUCUUCUACAUGUUGAUGACCGGAAAGAUGCCAUACGACGACGAGAUCUUCGAAGGCAUUGGAAAGCCCGUUGCCCCACCGGGAUCCAGGAUACCAAGUCCUCGGAUCGCCUGGCAAGAGACAUUUCAGAGACUCAAACAGGCAGAAGUGGAUUGGGAAUGCGACCCCUGGCCAUCGCAGCCAGUCAGCAAAGACCUAUGCAAGCAGCUCCUGUCCUUCUCGCCGGCGAUGCGGCCCAGGGAUGCCAGAGCAGCAUUGGCGCAUCCGUGGUUUUCAGAGUGCUAA